CACUCAAAAUUCUUUUACACAAAGUCUAUGAAUAUGAUGUUAACACUUCGAACAAAAUGAAAUUAGGUCCACUGCAUAUGAUAAUGUCAAAAGAAUUUGUGUCCAAUAUUUAUCACGAUAUUUCUUCCACCAGUGACCAAAAGCUGUUGGAUACUUACAACAAAAAAAGAAAUAAAAUUGCUGAAAUGUUACUCAAGGCUGGUGCAAACGUUAACCAAAAAGAUAUUUUCGACCGUACACCGGUGUUUUUUGCAAAUGCAAUUAGUUCAGUUAAGCUUCUCAUCAAGGAGGGAGCAGACUUGAACAUUACUGAUAAAUUUGGAAGAUCCGUAUUGCUUGCUGCUGUAUCAAUGGAAAAUCAUAAACAGCUUACCCAGUAUUAUAUCAAAACCAUGAAAUUUCUAAAACCUGAUGAAUGUCAAUCAACAGUAUUUCACUACGUGGCGAUAUUGCAGAGAGAAUUGGACAUAUUUGAUUACUUGGAAGGCAAAUUUGUCAAAUGUGAUUACUUGGAAUGUAAAGAUAGAAACGGAAAAACACCUUAUGAAGUUUCAAGAUUUAAGUUACAAUCUGAAAUCAAUAAAAAAUUCAAACACUCACUUUUAAAACAGAGAGGAGUAGGGGCUCCAUGGGACGACAAAGAAAGUGAACUAAUUAAACGAACUGUAAUAAAUUUUGCUGAGGAACUGUGCAAAGCUAUUGGUGAAAAGGAUAAAAGAUUAAUAUGUACACUUCAAAGAUCAGGAAGUUCAGAAGAGGGGACAAAAAUUGGCGACCUAAAUGAGUUUGAUUUUAUAUUUUGUAUGGGCGAAAUCCAGAAAUUGUGUACAGUUGAUGAUGUGAACAUUGAAGAAGAAUUUGUUACACUCAAUGCAAACAAAGACAUACCCCAGACAUUUACAGUAUUUUUUAACAGCGAAGGUCGGUGUAAAAUAUCAGAGGUUCGAUUGGCAUUUUCUAGAGCAGUGAAAACAAUUGUUUUGGAUGAACAUAUUUGGAAAUCAAAAGACAUAAUUUUAUGGAAGUUGAAAAAUUCUGAGGAAUCUGACAAACCGGUGGUGACAUUGGAAAUUCGUUUGUUUGGGUGCGCUUACAAAGAUGAAAUUAUAAGUAUUGAUCUCGUGCCUGCUAUUAGAAAAACGGAAUGGUGGCCUACUAAAGGUGGUAGAUGUGAAUUACUGAAUCAAAAUGACAGAAUCAAAAACAAAGGCUGCUUAUUACUUUUUCAAACAAAAUAUUUUGUACAGUCGGAAACACUUAUGAGAAUUUCUUGUUCACCUGUUGAGACCGAGUUGCUAAAAAAUGUUUUGCCGCUGUAUUUUCUAGAAGGUUAUCGUCAUUGCAAGUUAAUUUAUCUAUGGCUUGUAAAUAACCAUAGUUCGAAUAUACACAUUCAGAAUUGCAUAAAAAAUAAUUUGUUAACAAGCUAUAUGUUCAAAAAUUGUCUCUUCUAUGUGUACGAAAAUUACAAAAUGGAAGAAAAACCCUUGACACCCGAAAAUAGUGAGGUAGCUGCAAUUGAAUUAGUUGAUGAUAUUCUAUCAUGUUUGCAGUCUUUUAAUGAAAAAUGUACGUUCCCAGUGUAUGUCAUUCCUGAACGUGAAGACAUUUUUGUCAUUAAAUCUUUUAAACAAUAUAGUUUAAGAGAAGACUCAAAGACCAUCACAACACAUCAUUGCAAAACCCGAGAACAUGUUAUAAAGUAUAUGCAAGAGAUACACAGUGGCGAAAAGUUUUAAAGUCAUUCUGUUUAUUUCUAACAAUCAAGAUGUACAUUAGAAGAAAAAAACUGUGAUAACUUCAUAUUAUUCAUUUAUUUUUCCAUAUCACUUUUUUUGAAAUUUCUGAAAAUUUACUGUAUAUAUAGAAUUAAAAACUUUAUAAUGAGUAAUCUAUUUAUACCCUCAGGCAUAGGUAAUCGUAGCAGUAUUUGGUUCAAAGGUUAACUUUUCGGACUUUUGGUAUUCAAUGCUUUUCAACUUCGUAUUUGAUUUUGGACUUCCAACUGUAAUGAUUUAAUCCCGCAAAAUUAUUUAUGCGCCUGUCCCAAAUCAAGAGUCUGUAAUUCAUAGGUUGUCAUGGAUCAUGUCUGUUAUGUUUUUUUUCGUAAAUUGUAUUGUAAUAAAUCAAGAUGUUUUCUUCUU